AAGAUGGCUGCUCCUGUGGCUGGUGUGGGCCGGCUAGAGGAAGAAGCAUUGCGGCGAAAGGAAUGGCUGAAGGCCCUACGGGAGAAAACCAGGCACAAGGACAAGGAAGAUGCGGAGCCCAAGACCAAGCAGCUUAGAGAAGGGGAGGAAGAGGGUGAGAAGCACAGGGAACUCAGGCUGCGCAACUACGUCCCCGAGGAUGAGGACCUCAAGAGGAGGAGGGUGCCCCAGGCCAAGCCCGUGGCAGUGGAAGAGAAGGUGAGGGAGCAGCUGGAGGCCGCCAAGCCCAAGCUGAUCAUCGAGGAAGUGGACCUGGCCAACCUUGCACCCCGGAAGCCUGACUGGGACCUCAAGAGAGACGUAGCCAAGAAGCUGGAGAAGCUGGAAAAGCGGACCCAGAGAGCCAUCGCCGAGCUGAUCCGUGAGAGGCUGAAAGGCCAGGAGGACAGCCUGGCCUCUGCAGUGGACGCCACCAACAAACAAGAGUUCUGCAACUCCGACUGAGCCUGCCCGUGGGAGGAAGGUCCUGGACAGGGUGGGGCUGAGCAGGCCAUCACUUCCCUUUUGCCUUCAGAGCAGUGGCUCCCCACCCCGUCAGGGGGAGCCCGCCAUGGGGAGUCAGCUCCUUAUCUCCCCGAGUGGUCCCACCACCCUGAGUUGGGGCAGAGCCAGCAGCAGCUCUGUGGGC